ACGGCUCCCGACGGCUGGAAGAACUCGGUCCGGCACAACCUGUCUCUGAACAAAUGCUUCGAGAAAGUGGAGAACAAGGCGGGCAGCUCCUCCCGGAAGGGCUGCCUGUGGGCCCUCAACCCAGCCAAGGUGGACAAGAUGCAGGAGGAGCUGCAGAAGUGGAAGCGGAAGGACCCCGUGGCCAUCCGGAAAAGCAUGGCCAAGCCAGAAGAACUGGAGAUUCUGAUCGGGGACAAGUCAGAGAAGCGCCUGUCCUGCAGUCCAGCUGGCGUCGGGGGUCCCUCCGACUCCGGACAGAUGCCGCUCCAGCCACUGCCUCUCUAUGCCCAGAAUGGGCAGGGGGCUCUGCCCUCCCCUCUGCCGGCCCAGAGCCCCCCGGGAUGUGGGGUGAAGAUGCUGGCAGCCUCCAGGCCUGACCUGCUGCUUCUGGAUGGCGACCUCAGCAUGGAUGUCGACGCCUUGAACCCCUCCAUCACCGGGUUCGACCUCCAAGGGACCCUCUGGGAGGCGCUGAAGGAUGACAGCCUGGCGACGGAGCCCCUGGGCCUCAUCUCGGCCUCCCCGACCGCUGCCCAGCCGGACUUCCUGGCCCCCUGCCCAGCGGAUGCCAACCACGGCGGGGAGAAGCUCCCCCAGCACCACAACUUACCGGAUGUUCAACUGACCACGCUCUACUCCGCCUUCCUGGAACUGGACACGGGACCGGCCCCCACCUACCUGAACCCUUCGGGCUCGAAGCCCAUCGCUCUGGUUUAG